GAGCCGCUCCCAGCUCAGAGUGUGGGGAACUGGCACGCGGACGGAUGCGCUUCCAGGGCCGGGGCCGGGUGCUGGCCGGGUCCUGGACACCGAGCCCGGUUGAGCUCGGCCCACGUCGCCCCGGAAAAAGCCGGUACCGCGCUCAGACCGCGGCGGAUCCCAGGGCGGGCUGACACGGUUGCCGAGGCUCGCGUGUCCCCAGCUCCCUGGCCCCCUCGCGCGUUUCUUGCACCCGUGGCCCAACCGUCACUCGAGCCGCGGAUGCUUGGAUUCGGCCAUCUCCGCCGACCUCCAGCCGAAAGCGGGCUGGAAGUGACGGCCCACCCGCGCCUCUCCGCAUGGGCAGCUACCUGGGCAAAGCGGGCUCGUCGCCGCGGUCGCCAGCCCAGGGGCGCGCAGACGCCCGGGAGAAGCCCGCCCCCCGCCGACCGGCCAGGCCCCUCUACCAGGUCCACCGGGUGCAGCACGUCCAGCGCGCCCAGCCCGCCCGGCGGCACAGGCCGGCCCGCAAGCCGCCCGACUGGGACCCCGCCAAUCCCGCCGCCUUCGUCAGCGAGGCCUGGAGGCGCUUUCCCAUGAAGAGGCCGCAGAACCCCAUCAUGGGCUCGCUUCCUUCGGACUGGUGGGAAAGCUACCUCAAGCGGAAUAUCUGGUCCCUUCGGCACCCGAGGGCCACCUGGAGUCCGGUGACAGUCAAGAUCUCGCCGCCGGAGCGGAGGCCACGGCCCUCGUUCUCGGCCGCAAAGGCGGUGAACUCUGCGGGACCCUCGGAGGAGGAGCCACCAGGCGGGGGUGGAAGGGACCCCGUGCUGCAGGCCCUCCUCGAGUGCAGGAAGGGCAGAGCCAGGUGGGGAGAGCCGCUGUCCCCUGCCGGCUCGGACGGCCAAAGGAAUCCCGCCAGCCCGUGGUCCGCCUUUAAGCCCCUGUUGAAAAGCGGGGCCACCGUUUCGUUUGUGGCCAGGCCUGGGUCUCUGAAAAGGAGCCUCCACGCCCAGAGCUCAGAUCACAAACGAAAGAGGCCCAGCUGUUCCUCCGUGGCCCUCUUGGCUAGCGUAUGCACGCGCGGGCCCCCCAGCACUACAAGAAACGCUAUUACCAGCUCGUACAGUUCUUCCAGGUGUCUCUCAGAGUCUUGGAAAAGACAUUUCUCCAGGACGUCAGUCCAGACUCCAGACUGGCCACUGAAAAAGACAGGGGAAAGUCCUAAUUCUCUCCCCUUAGUCACACCCAGCAGCUCCGGGCAGCCGAACUGGGAGACUCCUCCACUGCAAUCGGCUCCUAGGGACCUGCUGACCACACCUUGCCAGCAAGGCUGUGUUGCCACUGAAGAGGACCUGACCUUAGAGAGCCAAACUGGGCCGUGCAACCAAACCACAGACGCCACAACUGGGACCGCCACAGACUCCAUUCCUGAGGCCAGGGCUAGUAUUCAGCCUCCCUUGUCUCUCAGUCCGCCUCCUUCUGAGAGCGUAGUCGGUACCCACAGGAGUCCCCAGCUGAGAAGCUCAGAGAACAUGCCUGUUCCACAUGGAUGCUCACAGUUAGAGCACCUUCAAGGCAUCUCCUCAGACUCAGACCCCUCAACUGCUUCCAUCCCGGGGUCUCCAAGUUCUCCCCCAUCACCAGUCACUGAUUCCAGCUGGCUGUCUUCAGUCCCUCAGGCUCACAGGUCUGCAGCACCCCCACACUCAUCUGUCAUUAUCCCCGCCGCACCUACCACACAAAACACUCUGCUUAGGGUGGUGAGUAGCCCGAUUCUCCAUCUUCCCGCAUCUGUACUUCCCGUGGAGGCGUCUGCUCACCCGGCAUUAAGACCUGUUCUGGGGCCUGUACACAAUAGUGAGGUGAGAGACUGCUCAUAUUCCAGAAUUUCUGUCACGGCUGGAGCAUCAUCAAGCUCUUCUUCUCUUUCCACAGCUCCGAGCAUCUUAAGGCCCACCCACAAGCCUAUCUUUGGAAGUAUAGAACCACUUAAAACUAUGCCCAUGACAGCUCCUGUGUGCCCCCAGCAGGCCUCUCCUCCUUCACUGAUUUCUGCUUCUACCCAUCUCUUCCAUGGCCUAGCCACAGCCCCCUCUAUGGUUACAUCUGCCGUUGCAGCCAGCACAUCCAGAGACCCUGGUGCGGACGUGAACAUAGUGACCAGCACCACGGGCCACUCUUACUCUGUCCCCUCUUGCCACACUUUGCUGCUUGGCACUUCCCAGGGCUUUUCCUCGGCCACCGGUUUAAUUUUCCCAUGCCAACACCCCGCGGUCCCCACGGUGCACACAGUCACCAUCUUCAGCCAGGUCCUCACUAGUGCCAUCCAGAUCUCCCCUCUCAGAAGCACCGCUAAGCUGAAGGGGGCGAGCAGACCUCCGCCAGCUUCAGGCUUAUCGCCCACAAACAAGCGCACAGGGACCUCGAGCGUCUCCACUGUGGCUUCAGCACUCACAACAUCUCUAGGGUCAAGCCCAAAGUCACCUUUGCCACCAUCCCAAAGCAGUCCUUCCCAGGCUUCACCCGGGGCCACAGAGAGGCAGAAGCAAUGUUCUCUUCAACUAGCUCCCGUCCCAAGCUUCAGUCCCUCCUUCCUUCCAGGGAACUCAGUCGUGUCCCCAACCCAGACGCUGCCUCCUGCUCAAAUGGCCCUCAGCAAGCCCACACUGCCAGCUUCUGGGGGGUUGACAUCUUCAGCCUCCAUUACCCACACUUCUGCCAGCAUCCAGCCAGGUUUGGGCAGCACUCUAGCUGGUUUUCCACUCAGUGAAGCUAGCUCAACCACCCUUGGGGGUGUCAGACAGAACCACCAGAGCGGGGCCUACAGCUCAGUGUUUGGUAGCACAGCCCCGAGACCCUUUGCUUUUGGAGGACUGGUGACCCCGAUGGACUGUGGGGAGCCUGAGGUCAUUGUGGCUGCCCCACAAAGGAGCAUGUCUUGUGUAAGACAGAGUGAGACCCCAGGCACCCUAGCUCCCUUUGUACAGUGCUGGAACCAGAGCAUGCAGAGCCUUCCUAGCCAGAUGACACCUCUGGUCAGUGUCACUGCAAGAAAGACUGUGUCUGGGGCCCCCUCUCUGGUCCCCUUUGCUCAGAGUACCCCUAUACCUGAAGCCACUAAGGCAGGUAGCAGUCUUGGCUUUGGGAUGUCCUCUCCAACUGUGCAGGGUUCUGUGGGGAGAGAUCCUGUCAGACCAUGGGCACCUUCAUUCUGUAUUGGUACAAAAUCAAAAACUCCAAGGAAUCGGGAGCCAGGGCGCCCCCGAAGAUAUCACACUUACAAGAAAUAGUCCACGCUCCCUGUCCGACUGCAAUGAAGAGCCCCAGUCUCUUCCAGUUCUCUACACCAAACAUAUCCCAGAUCAAAAGUGAAAGCUGUAGGUGUCCCCUCUGUGUGUCCUCAUCUAAAUCUUCCAAGAAGAUAGGCCACUAAUGUGUCGUCCAGUGUUGGUAGGGAACGGGGCUGCGUGGGACUAAAGCUCCUGGAGCAGAGUAGAAACUCUGAUUCCGUUCCCCACCCUCACCUCCCUGUACAACUGUGAGCUCCACAAGGGCACAGCCUCCCAUUUGGGGAAUGACCAUGGCAAGAAGGUAACAAGCAUCUUCAGGAGGAGAUAGGUUGAUCUUACACCCCAGCCUUCCUUUAUUAGGGCUCUAAGAAGAGCUUGGCUGUCUAAUCCCAUAGAGACAGUAAGUUUUCAGUUCUUACUGCUUGUUCCUCUGGUUUCUUGGGGGUGUUUGUGUGUGAUCUGAUUUGCGUUCAGUCUAUUCUUGGGAGUGCAGGGCAUCUCUGAAGAUCCUCUUGUGUGCCGCUAUUUGCACCGCUUUUUAAAGUUGCCCCCGUCCUCCCCCACAUUGGCAAUGGCUUAGCCCCAUCCUUCUUUUGGUCAAUUUAAUGUACAAGACUAACUAGUGAAGAUUCUGCCUAUCAGACCUGAAAGGUCAUCCCCAGUCUGGGAAAGGGAGGUUCUUGGCCGGUUCCCUCCAGGAUCGUAGUAGGCCAAUCCCUCUUUCCUAUCUACCAACUUCUCUACUUGCUGCCUCCACUUGGUGUUCAUGGAGACUUGCUCUUCUUAUUCUGUUGGUUUCUGUGUGAGUGGUGGGAAGUUGGCAAAACCAAAUUUCAAUUGCAUAGAUCCAUCACAGCUUGGCUGAUGCGACCAGUCAAACAGCACUGUUUCAGGGCUGCAAGGGCAGACUCACCCCAAAUGCACAGCAGCAGUUUGACCUUGAAGGAUGGUAUCUCUGGAAGCAGAAAGGCAGAGGAGAUGGCCGGGAUGCUGAAGCCCUUGUCUUGUCUCUACAUCAUAGACCAUGAUAGGAACUGCAAAAUGCCCAAGUAGGGAAACCAAAGCUUACAUUUCAUUUCUAUUUCUUUUUAUUUGUGCCUCAUCAAAUCAACCCUUUCUGUAUUCACAUCUUUGUCAGAGGGAACCAUCAGGACAUGAAGCCCUUAGGCCAAACAACAAGGCAUCCGGAAGGGAGAACAGCAGGUACCUACACCGACUCCAGCUGCAAACAGCAGCAGGGGCGUGCAGGAGCUGGGCGUCUUCCUUAGCGCCUCUUAACAACAACAGCCUCACACACUGAGGCAUACAUGAGUCUUUGGGUACAUUCUUUACAUAUUUCCUAUUUUACAGAUACCUCGGAGAAAGUCUAAUUGGAAAAAAUAAUCUUAAAUUGAAUGAUAAAAUAAAAAUACAUUGUUGAAAAAAAAA